AUGGAACAUAUCAAUGAAACCCUAGAGGGAUUGUUACUGAACGAAAGUUUAGUUAACAAUGUGACUGAAAAUUUUAAUGAUGUUGCUGAGUCCGAUUAUCAUUUACCUCAGUGGAUUUUGAAUUUUUAUUUUGGAUUCAUCUGUUUGGGGUGCGCAGUUGAUUUGAUAUUCGUUUCAGCGCUCAUAAGAAGCAAAAGAAGUGGUACUUUAUCCUUGGUUUUGCAAAUAUCUGCAGUGGAUGCCAUCUCUCCAUUUAUAGCAGCGAUCGAAAUACUCACAUUGAACAACCAUACAUGGAUUUUUUCACAUAACACUUGCCUCAUUUACAAUGGACUGGAAAUACUCAUAAAUUCAUUAACCCUUUGGUUAAUCAUCUGCCUCAAUUUUCAUGUUAUCUCCUUGUGGAAUAUGCACAAGAGCAACACUGCAAAGAAGAAUACAAAUCCACUGACUUCUUGUGGGGAUGAAUCCAACGAGUGUUUAGUAACGAACAGAGAACAUUCCAGUAACAGGAUUCUCAAUAUUGAUUACAGAAAGAGAAAAAAUGAUGUAGCUAUCGUGAUUCCCACCAUUUUGAUAUGGUUCUUCUGCAUUUCUCUCAGCAUACCAAAUUUCACUUUAUCAUCUAUUUUGAAAAUGAAACAACAGCACACCAUUUGCGCAAUUAUUGAUAACUUCUAUGGUUACAUUUUGCAAAUAUUAUUACUAGUCUUCAAGGUUCUGUUACCUAUACCAUUGAUAUUAUUUUCCCUUAUUGUGUCUAUAAUCAAACUCACUAAAACAUCUCUGAAAGACAUUGAUACUAUGUUAACCAAAGAUUUUGUAGAGAUAAGGGAUCUGUUGAUUUUCUGCAUAGCCCUGACAAUCCUUUACCUAGCAACAUCUUUUCAGCGAAAUUUGUUUCAUUUUUUGCAUAUCAAUUCACAUAGCUUCAGCACAAAUUCUUCAGAAAUAUUCAAAGUUCCUCCGUUAUAUAAUAAUCAGUUGAGUGCCUGGAAUAAUAUGAGUCUUACAAUGUUACAUUAUAGUUGUAAUAUGCUCAGAGCUCUGUUGUGUUUGUGUAUGUUGCCAAAGUUUAGAGGACUGAUAAAAAAUAGAAUUUUCUUUUGUUCAACCAAAGAUUGA